UCCGGGUGAUUUUCCCACGAGAACUUGCUUUAUGAAACUGUCUUCGUGUUGGAGUAUACCCUGAGCCCUUGAAUGACUCAAGAACGAUAAAUGCAUUUCUCAGAGAAACAUUAACAUAUAAGUACAGCCAGGAGUAAGGGUCUCACUCAGUGACCAGCCAUGGCAUCAGGUGGAUUUUAUGGCAGAGGCGGAAGGGGAAGGUCGAUUCUAGAUGCUUUGAAGCAGCCUGCAAGGAAACCAGGGCAACAAGAGGAGCAAGCCCAAGCACAGGCUGCUGCCCCAAUUACCCCCCAGAGUAGUGAUGCAACACCAAAACCACCUGCUGCUCCCAUUACGUUUGGAAGAGGGGGAGGACUGCUAGCCAUGAUGCAGAAAGCCCAGCCUAGUUCUCAGCCAGGUGCUUUAGCCGAAACAACAGCUCCUAAACCUGCACCAGCUAUGCCAUUUACCAUGCCAAUAGGAAGGGGUCUUGGUGGCAUGAAAGAACUGCUUCAAAAGGCAGCACAGGGCAGAGGAAUGCCUGCACCUUCCCAGGUUUCCAGUCGUCCAUCUACAUCAGGUUCCUCUACUUCUGCACAACCACCUGCUGAGCCAGUUCCCUCCUCAUCCAGAGCACCUCCACAUCCUUCUGCUGCUGGUGCUGCUCCUUCCCCUGCCCCACCAUCAGAGGAGAUGAGUAGACUGGCAAUAUAUGAGAGGAGGGAGGCUGUCCAUCGUUCAGGAUCAGAAGGAAAAGUAAUGCCGUUCUCUGCCAACCAUAUCCGUGUCAAGUGCAAGAACAGUGGAGUUUUUCAGUAUGAUGUGAAGUUUGAUCCAGUCAUAGACAGUAAAGGCAUGAGGAUUGGCAUGCUGAAUGAACAUAAGGCUGUUAUUGGUCAGACAAAAGCCUUUGAUGGAAGACUCCUCUUUUUGCCAAUCAGACUGCCUCAAACUGAAACUGUUUUGCACAGUCAAAGGAAGACCGAUGGUAUUAAUGUCACAAUAACCAUCAGGUUAACAACAGUUGUGGAUCCUACUCAGUGUGCUCAUCUCUACAAUAUUGUCUUCAGAAGGAUCAUGAGCAUCUUGGAUAUGUGUCAAGUCGGCAGAUACUAUUACAAUCCCCACACACCAUCUCAAGUACCACAACACAAACUUGAGGUGUGGCCAGGAUAUAUUAGUUCAAUCAAGGAACAAGAAGGAGGGCUGUUGCUCAACCUAGAUGCCUCUCACAGAGUACUGCGUACAGAAACAGUGCUAGAUGUCAUGUGUCAAUAUAGGAAGAAUUAUAACAUCAGUAUUCGUGAUGCUGAGCAGCCUCUCCUCAUCAACCGUCCAAGGAAAAAGCGUGAACCAGGGGAGAGGGAACCUAAAAUUGAGAUGAUCUGCCUGGUUCCUGAACUGUGUUACAUGACAGGUCUAACAGAUGAGAUGAGAUCUGAUUUCAGGCUGAUGAAGGACAUUGCGGUUCACACUCGGGUCACACCUAUGCAAAGAAUUAUUGCAAUGAAGAAAUUCAUCAGGAGCAUCAACACCAACGAUGAGGCAAGGAAGCAGCUGGAAAACUGGGGUCUUGAGUUGGAAACAGAGACAAUAAGAAUUGAGGGUCGAUUGCUGAAGGAGGAAAAGAUAAAAAUGCGUCAGAAAGACUUCAUGGCCGGUCCAGAAGCUGAUUUUGGGCGAGAUGUGACCAGAUCUGAAGUGCUUGUUGCAGUUGAUCUUCGCAACUGGAUUGUCUUAUACACUAAGAAAGACACGCCCAGAGCUACAGAAUAUAUACAGAUGAUGAAGAGAGUGUGUCCACAAAUGGGCAUUCAAAUUCAAGAACCAUUAAGACGGGAUUUGAAAGAUGAUCGCACAGAGACGUUUGUUAGAAACUUACGGGAAAGUGUCAACCCAAGGGUUCAAAUGGUGGUUGUGAUUUGUCCUACCAGCCGAGAUGACAGAUACUCAGCAAUCAAGAAGUUCUGCUGUGUUGAAUGUCCUGUGCCUUCACAGGUUAUUAUCUCCAAAACAAUUGGAAACCCAAACAAACUGCGAAGUGUGACUCAGAAGAUUGCCCUUCAAAUGAACUGUAAACUUGGAGGCGAGUUGUGGGCUGUGGAAAUUCCUCUGAAAGAUCUGAUGAUUGUGGGAAUUGAUGUGUAUCAUGACGCAACAAAAGGCAAGCGCUCCAUAGCUGGGUUUGUUGCCAGCACCAACCGCACAUGCACUCGUUGGUUCAGCAGAGUGCACUUUCAGCUGCCACAUGAAGAAUUGGUCAAUGGACUAAAGACAAGUCUUCUCUCUGCUCUUAGAACAUACCAUGAGAUUAAUCACAAGCUGCCAGAGAAGAUCAUUGUGUACCGUGACGGAGUUGGUGAUGGACAGCUUAAGGUAGUGUCAGAACAUGAAGUGAAGCAGCUGGCCACUUGUUUCAAGCACUUUCCCAACUAUGAGCCCAAAUUGUCUGUAGUUGUUGUCCAGAAGAGAAUCAACACAAGGCUUUUCUACCAGACUGGACCUGACAGGAUAGACAACCCACCACCUGGAAGUGUCAUGGAUCACACCAUCACACGUAGAGACUGGUAUGACUUCUUUCUGGUGUCACAACAUGUGCGACAAGGAACUGUGUCCCCAACCCACUACAUUGUGGUCCAUGAUGGCUCUAGCAUGAAGCCUGACCACAUGCAGAGGCUGGCCUACAAGAUGACCCACAUGUAUUACAACUGGCCAGGCACAGUCAGAGUUCCAGCACCUUGUCAGUAUGCUCAUAAACUUGCGUACCUGGUUGGCCAGAGUAUUCACAAGGAGCCAAGUGAACUGCUGUCAGAUAGGUUGUUUUUCCUGUAACAUCACACUGAGCAUACAGAUGAAUGUCCUCAUGCCAGACAUAAACUUCCAUCUCAGGAAAUGUAAAUAGUCAGGCUCAGUCGUGCUUGCAAAUGACUCAGUUAUAAGUGUCAAAUAUGUGAGGCUGGAAAAGCAAGUGGUGCUCGUGUGAAUGUGAGCUUCAGUAACAAUCGACACUCCUCCAUUAGAACUGACAUUGUGAUGAUAACAAUGUACUUUGUUGUCAUACGAUUCAACAGGAUGGAAAUGGUAUGUGUAUAUUUGUUUCCAUGAUCAUUAAGUUUGAGUUGAACCAAUGAGUUACGAUAUGUUUGUUAGUUCAGUUCUCUUACAAUAAUUUAUGUAUUUCAUAUUUUGUGUUGUUGCUUGUGAUUUUAGAAAGGUUUUAGAAGUUGAAAGAUUGUAAAGGUGAUGUGAUAAAUUAGCAUAUGCAGUAUGAAGUGUAUUUGGCAAGAAAACACCAUGCAAUCUACACAAUGUGUACUUGCAACAACUGAAAUAGUUCUGCUUGCCUUGUCUUCACUCUUUGAUAAAUAAGAUCAAUUUCAUAUGGGGCCUUAUCAUUCAGACUUUCAAGCUUGUCAGAAAGUAGAAUGUUGAGUGUGUGGAUAUCUAGUCAAAUGGCAAGAUUUCUAUUUUCUGACAUGUUUGUGUAUGUCAUUAGCAUAUCGUGACACUGUACUCCAGUUCACAGUUUCAUUCAGAGGUAUGAUCAGGUUAUGAACACUGAAUACAUGGCACUUCAUCUGACUGACAAUAGACUAUGCCGCAAGCCUCUGCAU